AAUUUUAGUCAGGCUGGUGAACAGACUGGUUCUCUCUGUAAUUGGGGCUAACUUUGAAGAAAGCGUCAGGGUACAGUUCAGUGUUGAUAAUGGCAGCGGGACUUUCAGAAACUGGUGCUCAGCUGUUUGCUCGUCUUGGCUCAAAACCUUCGCUGGAAACACUUGAUCCUCGUCUGUUCCCGCCUCCAGACUGUCUCCGCCCAUCCCACGCAGUUGAAUUCUACGGACCAAUAGGAUGCGGAAAGACAGAGAUGCUUCUUCACAUCAUCAGCAGGUGUAUCCUACCGGGUUGUUGGAGGGGUGCGGUCCUUGGGGGUAUGGGGGUGGGUGUGGUUCUUGUGGAUGCUGAUUUUCAAUUCUCGAUGUUGAGGCUGUUUCAGAUUCUUGAGAGGAGGGUAGCAGAUGUGAUGGAGAGGAUGAAGAAUGAGGAUCAGAACUCUAAAGCAGCAACCAAAAGUGAAAAAGGCUCACUUCAAAGUUCAACAGGUAUGGAUAAGAAGGUCAAGUGUGGCGCACAAGAGAAACCAAAGAUUUGUAGAAUGUGCAAUAAUAAUGACACUAUUAAAGACAAAACUCCUGAUUUCGAUCAGCAAAGUGUUAAUGCUUGCCUUUGUAGUCAGGGGAAUGCAAAUGAAAUAACAGCCAGCCUAGGAAAGAAACGCACAAGAACAGGUAAUGUCAAACAUGAUGAUGGGGCUCCCUACAGUGCAACAAAAAAACUACCAGGUUGUAAAGACACAACACAGAGUAACCAAACAUUUGAAAUGCCAUCAGCAGAUGAUGUAGAAGCAUUCAUCAAAUCCUGUCUGAACCGGUUCUAUCUGGUUCGCUCCGGUGGGAGCAGUGACCAACUCAUCAUGGAUCUCCACUCACUGGAGUCCCUUGUUGCCAACAGACCAGACGUGAGCAUCCUCAUGCUCGAGAACAUCGCCGCUUUCUAUUGGACGGAUAAGGGUAACUCAGGAGGCGUGGCCUCAGCCGCAGAGGCCAAUCAGCGCAGAGCUGUCGAUAUCAUCAAGCGUCUGAUUGAAGAGUACCGGCUAGUGUUUAUGGCCACGAAACCUGCCCUCAUCCAACGCGGUCAUCGCACUAAGGGGUUUGAUGAUUCAUUACCUGCCACACCUUCACAUACAAAUCUCUCGCAUUCGGACAGCAAUAAGUACAGCCAUCAUGAAUUCAUGUGCAAUGCUUGGAAUAAACUAAUCACUCAUAGAUAUGUUAUGAGGCGGAUGGAUCCAGUAAACCAGAACCGGGCAGUGUCUUUGCCAGGGAAUUAUUCAGCAUUUAGGACUUUGCCAUCUUCAGAUCAACCAUGUAGAUUUAGCAUUACAGAAAGAGGUUUAACGCACCACUGAAUAAAUUACAGAGGUCAAGAGCUUCUAACCCAAAGUUUCUAUUGCCAUUAAUUUUAAGAGUUGGUUACAUAAACUUUUUUGCAAAUAGCCAUUUAAUGAGGUGCAUGCUGGUCUAGACCUACAUGUAAUGCACUUGUGCUUAGUAUUUGCGAUUAGGUCUGUGUACAUGUGCCUCUCAAAGAUGAAAUUCCAGACCUGAAAUCAAAGGGGAACAAAAACCCAGCUGCACAAGUUUUGAGAUGUGCUUUUCUUCAUCUAUAUCACAGAUUGCGUACACUACAAUCCAAAAAAUCUACAAGUGUAUUUUUCUCCCAUUGAACUUUGUAAAAUGUGUGCAUUCAGAAGUCCUGGCUCUGUGGUAAACAUUGACAAUGAGACUAACAAGAGCAUGUACAUGUCUAAAUAGCUAUAGUGAGAGAAUGGACAUGGACCUUAUCGCAAAUACUCGGUACGCACGCGUUAAAGAAACACAUUGCCUUGGGUCAGCCGAGUUGGUCUUUGAAAAGCGUUAGUAACCGUUUGCUGUAAAAUGCAUCUGAUUAGAAAGAUAUUUUAAAAG